AUGUUUCUUUACUGCUUAUUUUUUUCUCUCUGUCUCCAUCACUCACAUUUCUCGAUUCGGUCAUUUUUUUUCAUUUUUGAAUCUCUUUCUUACUUGGUUUUCUCUUAUAAGGUAUUUUCUCACUUUUCUUUCAUUCAAGACUCAUUUCUUUUUUUCUUAUACAACAUUUUUCCUUCCUUCUCUCUUUCUUUCUCUGUUUUUCUGACAUUUUUCUCUUUCAUUUCUUUAUUCUCUUUUUCUCUUUAUUCCUUCCUUUUUUUCUUUCUUUCUUUAUUCUCACUUUGUCUUUCUUUCUUUCUUUCUUUUUCUCUUUCUAUCUUUCUUUCUUUCUUUCUUUCUUUCUUUCUUUCUUUCUUCUCUAUUUGUUUUCCUUUCUUUCUUUUUCUUUCUUUGGUCUUUUCUCUCUUCCUUUUUCCCUUUCUUUUCCAUUCUUUCUUCCUUUCUUCUCUCUUUGUCUUUCUUUUUCGUGUUCUUUUCCCUUUUUCUUUCUGUCUCUCUUCUCUCUUUCUUCUUUCCCUGUUUUCUUUCUUUCUUUCUUUCUUUCUUCUCACUUUUCUAUCAUUAUUUCUUUCUUUCUUAUCACUUUUCCUUUUCUUUUUUGUCACUUUUCUCUUUGUUUCUUUCUUUCUUUCUGUGAUUGUCUUUUUCUCUUCUCUUUGUCUGUAUUUCUUUCUUUCAUUCUUUCUUCUUUCUUACUGUCAUUUACCUUUUUCCAUUAAGAAAUAA